AAACUUAGCUCCGUCACUGAAAAUGACCUUGGCCACUUUUCAAAAAUACUUUCAUCCACUUCCAUUCUCUCUACCCUCCCUCCAAUUUCAAAUCCACCCGAGGAGCUUGCUCAGUUCAACAAUGAUUGGAUGGGCAGGUUCCGUGGUCGCUCUACUACAGUCUUGAAACCAAAAUCAACACAUCAAGUCAGUCAAAUCAUGAAGUGGUGCUAUGACAAGCGCAUCGGCGUUGUCCCUCAAGGAGGGAACACCGGGCUCGUAGGAGGCAGCGUCCCAAUCAAUGAUGAAGUCGUCCUCUCUCUCUCAAACAUGAACAAUGUUCGCUCGUUUGACCCCAUCUCUGGUAUCCUUGUCGCAGACGCUGGGUGUAUACUACAAUCUCUGACCGACUAUGUCGCGCCUUAUAACCACAUCAUGCCGAUCGACCUUGGUGCAAAGGGCAGUUGUCAAAUCGGUGGUAACGUCGCCACGAAUGCUGGAGGUCUUCGGCUAUUGCGUUAUGGUUCGUUACACGGCACUGUCUUGGGAUUGGAAGUCGUACUCCCCGACGGUACAAUUCUUGAUCAGCUUACUACCUUGCGAAAAGACAAUACUGGCUACGACCUAAAGCAACUUUUUAUUGGGGCGGAGGGGACCCUCGGCGUCAUUACUGGGGUGUCAAUCUUGACACCCCCAGCACCUCAGGCAUCAAAUAACGUUAUUUUGGCUCUCCCCUCAUUCAAUAACGUUCUGCCUUUGUAUCAAACUGUUAAGCGUCAACUAUCGGAGAUUCUUUCAGCGUUCGAGUUCAUCGAUCGCACAUCUUAUGAUUUGGCUGUAAAACAUGGUCAAGGACGGGCACUCAGCGAUGACGAGGUUGCCGGAGCUGAGUGUUUUGUUCUGAUAGAAACCAGCGGCGGCAGACGAGAGCAUGACGAAGAGAAACUCUCUGAUUUACUUGGAAAUCUUCUCGAAGCUGAUAAACCCCUUGUAAAUACAGGCGUUUUAGCCCAGUCACCGGCUCAAUUCUCGUCGCUCUGGGCUCUACGUGAGGGCGUAACAGAAGCAGUGUCCAAGGAAGGCAAAGCGUAUAAGUAUGACAUCUCUGUUCCUUUGUCGUCCUUCAAGGACGUAGUCGAUGGCACCCGUGAACAUCUACGAGCUAAGGGCUUGCUACACGACAAGGCCGUAAAACACGUUUUAGGUUAUGGUCAUGUUGGCGAUGGCAAUUUGCAUUUAAACAUUGUUGCGGACGCCUAUCUUCCAGAGAUCCAAGAUGCGCUCGAGCCUUACGUUUAUGAGGUAGUUGCUUCACAUAGGGGUUCGGUGUCGGCUGAACACGGGAUUGGCGCCAUGAAAACUCACGCUCUCCAUUACUCGAAGAGUCCAGUUAGCAUUGCACUGAUGAAGAAAAUAAAGGAGAUAUUUGAUCCUCGAGGGAUUAUGAAUCCGGGAAAGGUGCUGGAGCAUGAUUAGUAUAUACCAAGAGGAUGUGUUAUUUGUAGGGUGGCCUUUUGGCUUGAAUCAUUGUGAUU